GUUGAAGCUCCCGCUGCCAGCGAUGUCAGUGACGACGGUGAGAAUACGGGGUGGUAGGGAAGUGAAGUAAGAGCGCUGAAAGCUCGCCAGCACCCCGAUACCGGAGCUGGGCAACAGGAGGAUCUGUGUGUUUCAUCCGAGCAUCACUUUCUCAAAUCGAACGAGCAGUGGCAGGGCUCAAGUCGCGCGGCGUUAAACGUCGGUUGACGUCGGAGCAGCUUCCAGUAGCCGGGCCGUGACAUCAAGAAAAAGAAGAACAGCGACGAGCAAGCACGCCGGCCCCCGUCAGCUCUCAGCAUUAUUUGGCUUCCACUACCCCUAUCGCUUACUGCUGCACCUGUGAAGUGAAGAGUUUUGUGUGAAGGUACCCACCCACAACCAUGCGUGCUCAUCGAAUGAGUCUACGAUUGAUCUUUUUGGGGUUGUGCGCUUUUAGUCAGGUGGCUGCUCCAGUGUCUGCCAGCAACAACAAAAACAACGACGAGAUGGGGUUCCGACUCGCUACGGUUGACGAGGAACUUGUGCGUUGCAUGGACGGCGAUGACAUACUCCUCGAUUCCUAUCUGACAGCCUACCGGGAGAUAUUAAAAAUCUUCAAAGAGAUGGGAACCAUAUUCAAUUUCGUCACUAACGACUUAGAGGACAAAAUUACAAUUCUCGAAGACUAUCGAACGCGCAACGAUGUAGCCGAGCAUUUCACUUCUCUGGCAAGCAUGAUCUCAUACGAGUUGAGUAAUGGGGCAACAAAGAUUAGGAACCCGCCCUCGGGUUGCAGAACCUGGCUCCGACUUCACCGAGCGUUGGAAUUCGUCUCGAUGUUCUUCGCGAAGCUCGCGACCGUGGAUUUUGAAGAGAAAAUGACGAGUCUGGCACAAGAAUGCUACGAGCGAACUCUGGCGAAAUAUCAUGGCUACUUAGUGAGAAAGGGAGCGUCUUUCGCGAUGUAUGCUUUACCUACGGUCGACGCGAUGUUCACAAAAGCUCAGGACGAUAAAAAGGAUGUCCGUAGACUACUGAACAGCGUCGGCGCGAACGCAGGUCGAGUUUACGACCUAACACAGAAGAUGUUUGAAGCCAAAGGGCUCUUGAGCCUACCUUAACAAGGCUGCGGCACAGCUUCGGGCCCGGGAGAAUCUCUUCACCUGUGACAUCAAUCGCACGGUAUCUUCAGAGUCGAUGGGGCAAAUGAUCAAUCGACUCUAUAUAUUGACUUUCACGGAAAUCUGAUAAGCUUCAGACGUAUGGAUAGAGCGUUUUUCCAAAGAUCACAAGAAGCCGAUAGCAAAUGACUGAGUGAAACUCUGAGAGUUCAGAUUUGCUCAUAUUUAUACACACAUAUCUUCCCUCAUUAUAUGGGGAUACGGCAUACGGCGACGAGCUAGGCACGGAGGAAGAUAUCUCAGAAGACAGAGAACGAUGCACUUCCCUUCUAGUCCGGAUCUUGAAUCUUCAAGAGGUUCUCGUCACCGUAGCGGGGGUGUUUCUUGAAACAGACUCAAGAUUCAUUGAUUUUAGUCAGAGAGAAGAUAAGCCAUAUAGAGACAUGUUUUGGAAUUACUGCGGAGAGAAGAAUAUUUCCUUUCGCACGGAAGUCAAGUGCUAAAUCUCAAAUAAAAACUCUCGUCCAUUCAACGAGACAAUGACAGA